AUGGGGCUCACAUACACCACGUGGGCUGCCACGAAUCCGUGCACUCUUGAUGGCACUACUGGCAAAGCGGGCGAGUGGGAGCGCGUGAGCUGCACGGCUUUCGGCCGCGCAUACGUGAUUGCUCUCUGCGCGUGCCUCUCCUCUGCGCGUGCCUCUCCUCUGCGCGUGCCUCUCCUCUGCGCGUGCCUCUCCUCUGCGCGUGCCUCUCCUCUGUGCGUGCCUCUCCUCUGCGCGUUCCUCUCCUCUGCGCGUGUCUCUCCUCUGCGCGUGUCUCUCCUCUGCGCUUGUCUCUCCUCUGCGCGUGCCUCUCCUCUGCGCGUGCCUCUACUCUGCGCGUGCCUCUACUCUGCGCGUGCCUCUACUCUGCGCGUGCCUCUACUCUACCAUGCUCUGCUGCACGCAACGCUGCCAGCCAUGGAUGCAUGCUGCCCCCAACCGCAUGUGGUGGUGUUGACCAACGGCCCCUUGUCCGUGCUGCGUGCAGCUGCGGCCCUGCUGAGCAUCAAGUCGGCCAUGGGGCUCACAUACACCACGUGGGCCGCCACCAAUCCGUGCACUCUUGACGGCACUACUGGCAAAGCGGGCGAGUGGGAGCGCGUGAGCUGCACGGUUUUCGGCCGCGCAUACGUGAUAAACCUGGACUCCGCAGGACUCCAGCGCAAGAGCUUCCCCGCAGACAUCUCCAAGCUCACGGGGCUUGGCGCGGUGUAA